AUGAUGCAAGAACACAUAGCAAUUCCAGCAUGUUUCUCCUCCGGCGAGAAGGCGGCGGCGGCCGCCGCCGCCGCGACCGACGAUCCAGCAUCCAUCACAAGAUCCGGGCAGAACGUGUUCAUGUCCGUGUACCGGACAACAAUCGCCGACCGCCGCCGUUUCAUCACCGUCACGUGGUGCAAGAACCUCCUCCUUCACGGCCUCUCCGUCUCCGUCGACGGCGACCACCACCACCACACCUCCUCCGCCUGCAAAGUCGAGCUCAAGCCGUGGUACUUCUGGAAGAAGCAAGGCUCCAAGCGAUUCCUAAUCGACGGCGACAAACCUGUCGACGUCUUCUGGGACCUCAAAAUCGCCAGAUUCAACGGCGAAACCGAACCCACCUCCGACUACUACGUCGCCGUCGUCUGCGGCGGCGAAGUCGUCCUCCUCGGAAACCUCAAAAAAGAGGCCUACAGAAAAACGGGCUGCCGGCCCGCACUCGUCGACCCGACUCUAAUCUCGCGACGAGAACACAUCUUCGGCAAAAAGAAAUUCAUCACCAGGGUCAAAUUCCACGACAAAGGCAGCUUCCACGAAAUCUCGAUCGAGUGCAAGAACAAGAGCACCGGUCCGAACUCGCCGGUCGAACCGGAAAUGGAGAUCCGGAUCGACGGGCAUUUAGCGGUUCACGUGAAACACCUCCAAUGGAAGUUCAGAGGCAACGAAUCGAUUCAUCUGAACAAAGCGAGAAUCGAUGUUUAUUGGGAUGUGCACGAUUGGCUCUUCAGCCCUGGUUUGCGGCACGCUUUGUUCAUAUUCAAGCCUACUUUGCUGCCGGCGUUGUCCACGUCAUCGCCGCCGUCUCCGCCGCCGGGGAGCUCCGGCGGCUCGGCGGAAGGUCCUGAUUUUUGUCUCUUCCUCUAUGCUUGGAGAGUGGAAUAA